GGUUGAAAUUAAAUAAAUGUCAGGAGAGUAUAGGUCGUUUUUUAUAUUGUUGAAAAUGUCAAAAUCACUCUAAUAUACACUAUAAGUUCUGUAAAAUUUCUAAAGUGUUUAAUACCAAAAAUUUUAAUAAUUAGUUACUAAGAUUACUGUUUUAAGUGUUUUAGUUAUUGGCUUAUUGCAAUUCUAAAUUAAUUAGUGUUGAGGUACUAUAUCACUAUCAGUAUAUGUAUUAGCAGUAUUUAUUAAUCAUGGCAAAGAAAAAGGAUACAAGUACCGAAGAAGAUAUGUCAAUUGGACUUGAGAUUCUAACUACUUCUCCACGGAAAAAGCAUAAAAAGCAUAAACAUAAGAAACACAAGAAAAAACGAACAGCAGAUCAAGAUGGAGAAGAAGGAUCUGGAUAUGGAAGUCCAGAGGCAUCAGUCGUUAGUGAAUCUGCUAAGCCUGCUUUGAAAUUAAAAAUCAAGAUAGGAGGUCAGACACUGGGAGAAAAAAGUGUUGUAAAAGCAGAGAUUCCAGAGCCUUCCAGCGAAGAUUCUGAAGGUGUUGUGGUUGAUGAACGGCUCUCUCCGUCUCAGUCAAGUAACUCAGCUACUAUGCCCACUCUAACUGGAGUUGGACCAGGACACUCUUGUGUUGGCAGUGAGGAAGAAGAGGAGGCUUGGCUUGAAGCUUUAGAGUCUGGGCGGUUAGAGGAAGUGGAUGAAGAAUUAAAAAAGAUGAGAGAUCCAACAUUCAUGACUGCUCGACAGAAAGCUCUAUUGGAAAACAAAUCAAAAGAAAAAGAUGAUCCACCACCUCCUACAGUUUAUCCAGAAAAGCCAAUGACAGAAGAAAUGAUGCAACGGAGAAUGAUGCGAGCCAAGAAACGAAAGCAACAGGCAGAAGAAAAGCGGGAAAAAGACAAGAAACAAACAAUUGAGAGGUUGCUGAAGAAAACAGAUGCCAAAGUUAAAGGAAGCAAGUACCAACUGAAGCUAGCUAAAAAGUCUCAGGUGCCAAAGUUGUCUUGUGUUAGGAACCAAGAUGGAGUAACCCUCUCACUGCCUCCAGGACAUCAGUUUCCCAUAAUUGCCCAGACUGCUAAACUACCUCCAGCAAUUAUCAAAUGUGGAAUGAUUGGAUGUAAUCAGCCUAAGAAAUAUUCCUGCUCUAAAACAGGAGUUCCACUCUGUAGUCUACAGUGUUACAAAAGGAAUCUGAUGGCUUUCCAGAAAACUGUACAUAAUUCUGUCAUUGUUGCUUGAAUGGUUCUCUUAGAAAGUGGGAUUUUCAUUUUGUAGUUGCAAGUGAUACAAAACAAAUUCACAGUUUUGUUGGAAUCUGGACAAAAUAUUAUGGGUACUGCUUAACCAGAGAGGAAACCGUGUUGAAAAGCCUGAUUGAAUAAAUAUUUGAGAAUUAAAGCCAUGCAAUAGUGAUUACAUAAAGAACACUAUAGAUUUUCAGAAGAAAGUCUGUAGUAUUCAUAAUAAGGAAAAUUAUAGUUAAUGAAUCCAUUGGUAAGGAAAGUUGUGCAGCAUUUAUGUAAAAAGGCUAUUGAUUAUUUCUCAAAAGAAAUAGUACCACUAACAGUCAUAUCUACUAUUGCGUAGGUAUCAGGAGAACAGGAUCUUCAAAAAAAAUAAUUUUAUUCAGGAUAUAAACAUAAAUCUUUGGAAUUAAAUCUGGAUACCUUGGAACCUCUUUUGUACACAUCUUUAUAUUGUAAGAGACCUGGAAAUUUUUUUAUAGUAAGUUUUGUCAUAUUGGUGUGUCUCUAACACAUUGACUGCAGCUGCUUUAAAUGCACGUGCAGAAUUUUUGCAAGCUGUACACUGUAUGUGGCACACUUGCAUUCAACUGCUGGCGGUGUACAUUACCCUAUAUGGUGAAUCAGCAGUCAGUGGAUUAAAAAAAGAAAAAACAAAAAAGGACUGGUUAUUUAAAAAUUCUUUAAAGAUGUUGAUGCACUACUGUUAAAUCAAAAGUUCACUUCACUUAUGCUUUAAGCUAAGAAUUAAGUGGAAGAAAGAAUAUAUAUAGUAUGAACUACCUCAUUUUAUUGGUAAGGUUACUGUGCAUGACAUACAUGUAUCACUAGACUACUACAAUUUCAAUAAUGUGGUAAAAGAAAACUAACAAUUUGAAUAAUGUUUCCAUCUUUUGUUAGUUUUGCUGUCACAAUGAACUUAAACAUAUUUCUUUCCUAACUUGAGUUCAUAUGUAAUGCAGAAAUGCUGUGUCUGUGUUUUACUCUUUUGUUAAUAUGCAUCAUGAACUUGUGAAAAUAUUAAGUAUCCAAGUUGGCACCAUUUCAUUAUAUAUAUAUAUAUAUAUAUAUAAACAUCAGCUACUUUACAAAAGUGCCUUCUGUUAUCUAAUUUAGUCAGGAACAAAUCCAUAAGAUAGUCUUGUUAGCAUAUAGUGAGGUACAAAUCCAUAAGACAUGAUGAGAUGAUGUCAGCUUGCUGAUGCCACAAUCAUACUUUGAAAAGAGUCAAAUCAUUAAUAUUGUGUAUUUUAGUAAAAGCAGACUGAGUACUGUCUUGUGUGUUUGUAAAGUUUUUUGUAACACUUUGUGUAUUUAAAGUUUCACAAAAUUAAUAGUUAUAAUAUUAAUGAAAAUGAUGAAAGGUAAGUAGAAUUGUAUAAGAAUUGGAACCCAGUGGUAAACAGCUAAUUCUGUUAGUCUUUAUUUCAUAGGUCUGUGGACUGUUGUGCAAAAUUGUGUGUGAGAAAUCACACAAAUUUGUAGCUAUUCAGUAGGGUUUAGACUCCAUAUGCAUUUGAAGUAAUAUGUUUCUUAAAGUAAAAGAUGUUCUCUCAACAAAUAGAGAACAGUGUAAACUUUUAACCCAAAACAGUUCUGUCAAAUACUUAUUAUAUUUUGAACAUUUAAUCACUGAUUCAUUGUUAAGUUCUCACAUUACCUUAUAUUUAUAUGUACUCUACAUAUACAUAUAAAGCAUAAAUGGGAAAAAAUGUAUUUUAUCUUUAUCUAAUUAACAAUUACUUUGAAAGAAUUGUGUUUCUUGACCUUUAGAAAUUUAUUUAUACUUAGAGAAAUUGAAAUGUUGAUCAUAUAUUUGUUUUUAGUAAAAGACAAAAACAUUUACAAAAUUCUUUGUAAUAACAUUUUGUCUGUGAAGAAUUUGGUAGCAUAAAGAGUGACAUCCUUGCUGAUAUGUCAUUACAAAAAGAACUAGAACAUUUGAAAAUGCCAUGAUAAGAUACACAGUAGUAAAGCAGUAAGUGGAAAUACUCAGUGUUUAUAUAGUUAACUUUCUAUGGGAAAAGAGUAUUGAAAGUUGUCUUUUGUUGUUCUGUAAAAUAAAUUUUCUUUAGAAUGAAAAAUAUGGUUUGUUCAACUCUAGCAUAUUGGAUUACUAAUAUGUUAUAAAGUAAGGGUUAUAAAAAAUUAACAUCAAAAAAAUUAACUUGAAAAAGCAGCUGUAUGGCAUUAUAAUGGUUUUAAUGAACCUGAAUUGUAUUCUGAAUUCCUAAGAUGUAAAUUAAGUUAUUACUAAAUUAUGUGCAAGGUCAAAGCAAACAAAAUACUUGUAAAACUAGUUAUCUUCAGAACUUAAAUUCAUGUUAAAAUUAGUUUUUAAAUGGUGUUAUAAACUAAGAUCAUAAUGUAGAAGUGACUAAACUUCGAACAUAUUAAAAAGUUUUUGUUUUGCUAAGUAAGCUUUGAAUGGUUAGUAAAAUAGCUUUUACACAUUAGUUUUAAGUAAAAUGUAUAUCAAUAAGAUUAGUCAUAAAUGGUUCUGUUAUACUGUAUCAGACUACUUUUCAUAGAAGUUUACUUGUUUGACAUAUCAUUGUAGUGUUUUAAUUGUUUAGUAAUGCUCAUGUUGUAAGUAAUCUGCAGUUUUUUAAAUAUUCUUACUUAAUGCUUUUCUUUUUCCAUGUUCCUGUGCAUUUUAUAUGAUAUUGUAUCAUUCUUGAUUAGUGAACCCUGUUAUAGUAUCUGUAUGUUUUGGCACUUUUCUGUAAAUAAAUUUGUAUCAUUAA